AUGGCAAGCGCUCAACUCACCGAAGAAGAGCUGCAGCAGAGCGCUCUUCUUUCAGAUGAAGAUGCCGACAUCGAAGACGCACCAGCAGUGCCCGUCGAAAAGUUGCCUCAGGAUACCGAGAGUCCCUUGACGAACCCAAACACGCACGAUGACGAACUCUCGGAUGCGAUCGGCGAUGAAGACGAUGAAAGAGACGCGCCUACCUUGGACGGGGACAUUGAAAUGGCUGAGAAUGCGGACGAUAAUAGCGAACUGUCCGAGCAGGACUCUCUAGAAGAGAACCUGGACGAGUACUCUGGCGUCGACAUGGAUCAGCGCCUGGAGCAAGACGAUGGAGACGAAGCUUCGGGCGGUGCGCGCAGUCGCAGCAGCAGCUUGCUAGAUGACAUUGAGGAAGACGAGGCAGAAGGUGUUGGCGCUGUUAAGAUCAGACCAGGCGAAACCGAUGAUGAGGACGCAGAUGAGCCGGACAGCGAGCACUCGGAAUCGCACAGUGAGUCUGGAAACGAAUCCGAAGGAGGCGAAGCAUGGGACGACGUCGCUGUCGAGGAAGAAGAAGACGAAGACGAAGGUUCAGAAGACGCAGCGAUGAACACCUGCAUGUUCUGUAAACAAGAUGAAGAACAUGAUCCGGCAGAAGACUUCGAAGAGUACUUAGCUUGCGUUGGAUGUGGAGAGAACUCACACCAACAUUGCGCCAGAGAGGCCGGCGCGUUGCAGGAGUUUAAUACUGCUUCUCAGUGGAAGUGCCCCGAUUGCGCGACUGCUGAUGAUAUGCGUGCCGACGAGUCUCAAACGAAUGCUUCUCCUGAAUAUGCAGAAAAGCUUGAAGCUGAGCAAGAGCCAGACGCUGAGCACGAACUUGGACUGUCUCCGUCGUCCAGACGGUCAACGGCAUCCCAAGUAGCGCGAGACCUGCUUCCGCCCCAAAAAGGCACCUCCAAACCUGACUCUCACUCGGUGUUCAAUCAUCUUCUCUUGAACGACGAUCCCAUGGAUGGAACUCGAGUUCUUCGUAAGCGCAAGACGUCUUCUGUCGAAGCUGAGGAAAUCGUUAUGUCGCUCAGGAAGCGUCGACGAAACACGUCCAAAGAUAGGGAAUCAAGCCAUGGUACAGGCACAUUACAGGACGGCGCCAAUGGAGCUGGGGAGAAGGAUACACGCCGCACACUACGUAUACACCCCCCUCGAAAGUCAAAAGCGGUUACCAUCACUCGACGGAGCCGGUCCAUCGUUGUCAAGAUACGUGUCAAGCCAGCCGCCCUUCGCCGCGUACUGUCAAGAAAGUCCUCGUCCAAUCGAAGAAGAACAGAGAAAGUGAUAGACACAACGGCUUCGUCCCAGGAUGGAUUGGCUGCAGCCAUGGCAGCUUCUUUUACUUCCACUGACUACUCACAUCCCUUCUAUUCCUUCUUGGACCGGGAAACCGACGACGUAAGAACAAAGCCAUACGGAGGCAUUCUCAGCGAGAACGAAGCAGAUACAUCAAGGACUUUGCCGACCAAUGAUGAUCGCCGAAGAUUCGAUGAAGCCAAGCAAAAAGCCGAGGAGGUAUGGCGAGCUCGUCUCCACAGUAUCCAACUCAACCUAGCGACACCGGCCAAGAGGCCCAAGAAAAAUGCUGGACCAGCGAGCCAAAUCGAGUGCAUCGAUUUUGGAGGCUGGGAAAUCGACACUUGGUAUGCCGCUCCCUAUCCGGAGGAGUACAGCCGGAAUCGCACUCUCUACAUUUGCGAAUUCUGUCUGAAGUACAUGAACUCGGAUUAUGUCGCCUGGCGUCAUAAACUAAAGUGCCCAGCCAAACAUCCACCGGGCGACGAGAUAUACCGGCAUGGAUCCGUUUCGGUCUUUGAGGUUGAUGGCCGAAAAAACCCUGUCUACUGCCAGAAUCUGUGUCUCCUCGCCAAACUAUUCUUAGGGUCCAAAACGCUCUACUACGAUGUUGAGCCGUUCCUAUUCUACGUAUUAUGCGAAUACGAUGCUCUUGGCUACCACUUUGUUGGUUACUUCUCCAAGGAGAAACGAGCCAGCAGCCAGAACAAUGUUUCUUGCAUUCUAACCCUGCCCAUACACCAGCGAAAAGGCUACGGUAAUCUCCUGAUUGACUUUUCAUACUUGCUCACUCGCGUAGAGCGCAAGACUGGAUCACCAGAAAAGCCUCUUUCGGACAUGGGCCUCGUCUCCUACCGCAACUACUGGAGGCUGGUACUCUGCCGGUAUCUCCUUGACCAUGUCGAGGAGGAUAAGUCUACGGCACCGGGCCUCAGUGUUCGGCAAAUGUCCGACGAUACCGGACUGACUCCUGACGACGUCAUCUCUGCCCUUGAAGGUCUCCGAUGCCUCGUCCGUGAUCCAGUUACGGAGCUCUACGCCUUCCGUGUCGACCUUUCGUACUGCAACGACUACAUAGCAAAAUGGGAGAGCAAGGACUACGUCAAACUGAAUCCAGACGCGCUCACCUGGACUCCGUACGUCAUGGGGCGUGGCAAUGCUACAAACUUUGAGUUGGGUCCAGCUAUCAGCGCGAUUGCGCCACGAGAAGAAGAUGACAUUCACAAACCUGUGCAGAGUGUGCCGCUACCAGCCUCUCAACAAGAGGCAGCAGCCAAUGGCAUUAUCGACAACACUCCCGUUGCCGAAGGCGGUCCAUCGAACAUCGCUGAGGAGACUGAUACAGAAGCGACUGGGCCGAAGUUGGAGUCCAAUAUUUUUGAAUCCACGGAGUCACAUCCAGACGGUCUGACGAACGGCGAGACUGGCCUAGAACAGGCUGAGGAAGAGCCGUCCCAGCUCAAGGAAGCGCUUCAGUCUAUUCCCGAACAAAUGGUCGGAGGCGACUGGGCCAGCCUGUACAAAGACGUACCUCCAUCGAGGUUCGAGGUAUAUCCGCCUCCGGGGGGUCGACGGUCCGACCGGCCGCGACCCAGUGUACCUCGGCCUGUCGUAGCACGAACAACGAGCAGCAACUCCAGACCGCGACGUUCGGGCGGUGGCAGCAGCGCGAGACGAACCACAUCAAGCCGACCCAAGAGUAAAAGCUCAUCGUCGUCAUCACGGCGUAAAACGGGGGGAACGGGACGUGGACCGGGCCGUUGGCCGAAGGGUACUAAGAAAAGCGAUUACGGUAAUGCCGAUAGUGGGCCCGGUCUCCCGCCGGGCUGGCUUAGAGAGAAGCAAGAGAAACAGCGGCUGGCUGGCCUUGCUGUGACCAAUGGCGAAGAGGCCGAAGGACUCACCAUCGAGGGCAACGAGACAAUGGAUGUGGUUCGCGUGCAGUUCCAGGAAGGGGAACACGAGGACGCUAGCGCCGAGGGAGCAGCAAGCAAACUCAACGGUGACGUUGGCGGCCAAGCAGAGGACGAGUGA